AUGUCUGCCGACGACCAGCAGUUUUUGGACUUGCUCUCGUCCAUCCCCAACCAGAUCCGGCGAUAUUCCGGAGAGGUUGCCGACUAUGUCGACAAGACAGUAGACAAAGUUGCAGAUGAGAUUAGGGAUACCCUAUCUUCAGCAGAAUGGGUACCCGAAUAUGUACGACCAAAACCUACUGCUCGACCACCGCCCGUCGAGAUCAUACCGUUGACUACAUACGAGAGUAUACAAAACUGGAUUUCUCGUCAUAAGAUACUUUGCGGCGUCGUAGUAGUUACUGCUGGAUAUAUAACAUACAGAACAAUACGAUAUACCAAGCAGCUCCGUAAACCUCGUCGGGCGAAGCGUGCUCGAAAUGGUGGCAGACUCGAGGUCGUCGUCAUCGCCGGAUCACCAACGUUACCGCUGACCAAAGCUUUAUCCUUGGAUUUGGAGAGGAGGGGUUUUAUCGUAUAUAUUGUUUGCAGUACUAUCGAAGACGAAGUCACGGUGCAGAGCCUCUCACGAUCCGAUAUUAGACCCUUGGGUAUCGAUAUAACCGAUCCUCCGAAUGCUGGCCAAGCUAUCGAACGGUUCGCCACCUAUCUCCAAACCCCGCAUGCCGCUGUCCCGCGAGCGAAGCCAACCUACCUGGUGUUGAAGGCGGUUAUCCUGAUCCCCUCGCUCAACUACCAAACCUCCCCCAUCGCUACGAUUCCUCCCUCGAGUUUCGCCGACCUCUUCAACACCCAUCUUCUCCACCCCAUUCUUACGAUUCAGUCAUUCCUACCUCUCCUUACAUCUAGAAUAACGCCCCAAGGAGAGACCACCGGAACACCCCGAGUCCUCGUCUUCACACCGUCCAUCAUCUCUUCGAUCAACCCGCCGUUCCACGCCCCCGAAGCAACCGUAUGCUCCGCCCUCUCCGCCUUCACAGAGGUUCUAACAGCGGAACUGAGCCCCCUCGCCAUCCCUGUAACGCACAUGCAACUCGGCACCUUCGACUUCGCAGGUUUUACGCCCGUCCGUGCAGGCCCCGCCGGAGCAAACGUAGCGUCUCUCCCGACGACAGGUUUACACCCGCUGUUGCCGCCGUCGCCGGUCGAGACGCUGCAGUGGCCGGAGUCCGCACGCAACGCAUACGGUCGUAACUUUAUGUCGCAGUCGUCGUCCGCCAUCUCAGCCGGCCGCAUCCGCGGACUACGCGGCAGCUCCCUGCGGGAACUACACAACGCUGUGUUCGACGUGAUCGACGGUUCGAACCAGAGCGACGUGGUGCGUGUAGGCCUCGGCGCCGGUCUCUAUGGAUUCGUCGGCCGCUGGGCUCCGCGUGGUCUAGUGGCGUGGAUGAUGGGAAUCCGCAGGGUGGACGAGCUCAGCGCCUGGGAGGGAGGCGCGCGUCCGGAUAGUGCUAGUGGCAGCAGUAGUAGCGAGAAGAGCGCCGGGAGCGAGAUUGGUGAAGGCAGUGAGUUUAUUGCCGUUGCGAAGGAGCAUGAUGGGCACAACGUCUGGAAAUCAUAA